AGGCUUCCCUUACCCUCUGCUUCCGCCUCCGGAGCAGAAGUGCAUCUCCGUUUUCAAGUGAUAAAGUAGUAUCCCCAGGAUGUUGAACACAUUAAUUUCAAUAAGCCAAAGCCUCAUGCCAUAGUUUGACAGCAUUUACGAGUUUCUUGCUUCAGUGAAAUUAGCAUGUGAUCCUAUUGAUGCCCCUUCAUGUUCAUAUUAUUGUCUGUUGCCCUUUAUCUGGUUUACGCCUUGAUUAUGUUGUUAGUGGUGCUAACGUUCAUGUCGCAAGAUAGAAAAACUCGGAAUAAAUAGUAGACUCAUCAGGCGGAGGAGGUAGCCAGCCCGCGGCGCGUCGACGGGGAAAGAAGUGGAGAAAGGACUUUGGCGCACAAUAGACCCUGGACUCCAGGAUCAUGCGACGAGGCUCGCUCCUGCGCUAUCUGGUGCCGGCCCACCAGCUCGUCGUGCUACAGAACUUCUUGGAUGUCAAAAGAGGAGUCGCCGCGGCGUCCUCGGGCGGUGGUCCCGCGGAAGCAGACCUCCCAGGUGAACAACCAACGAAAAACUCACCACAAGUGAAUGUAGCAGUGGAGAACAUAGCACAGGCUGCUCUUCUAGACAACAAUAGAAACAGCGUUCCGGAAGAUGAUCCGGUCUCCGACGAGCAGGAUCCAAAUUAUGACAGCACCAAUUAUCGGGAGCUUUCCACCGACGACGACUUCUAUAACGACACGAAUUCGACCAACGACACGGAAAUCACUACCUCCACCACAACGACCACCACGAGUUCCACUACCACCACCACAUCGACGACAACCUCCUCCUCCACGACCACUACCACCAUCGACUACAACACAACCACCACCCUGCCCUGCCAGAACUAUACGAUAACCGUCUGCGAGCCCAUCAUCGCGGAGGUGUGCGCCUGGACCGCGAGCACCACACCGGCGCCGGGGUCGUCGUCCUCGUCCAGGAGAAGUAGAGAGAGGCUGCUGUCGGCGCUGGCAAAAGGAGGUGUCGGGGGCAGAAAAAAUGUCGGGGAGAUCAAGGAAAGCCAAAGUAGUGAAUCCGUCCCAGAUGUUGAUCUUGAUGUAGGAGUUCCAACAACACAAAUAAAGGGUACGGCUGCGGAGCAGGUUUCAGUAAGUGUUUUGCGCGUGGAGCAGGAGAGCACCAAGAAGAACGUCGGUGGAAACUUUGCCGGUGCCGAGGACAAAAAUCCGAACGUGGUAUCAAAAGAACCAGGAGAUGAAGAUAGCAGCAGCCUCACCGCGCGGGAGAUGCGGAUGUUGGGAAUCGCAGAGCCCGCUGCUGAUAGAUUAGUCGCCGCGGCCGGUAGAAGUAGUACAAACACAGCUGCAACAAGUUCUUCUUCAUCACUUGCAAGGAAAACUGCAGUCGCGAGUCCUGCGUCCACCUCUACUUCCACUUCGUGGGAAAAACUACAAGUAGACGGCGGCCGACAACUGAUAGAGGAGGUGGAACAGAUCGCCACAUCAAAGCCGGUAAUUUCUCUGUACAAAGAGAAUGAGAAGGUCGUCUCCUACCCAAUUUCCCCCCAGACACUGGACGAAUUCGCGAAAACGAGCCUCAAAGGAGGAAAGAGCAGCUCUUCCUCCGCAAGUAGUAGUAGUAGUAGUACUACUUCUUCCACCUACUUCCCCACCUGCCCCACAGACGAACGAGUGGGCUUCGCACGCCUGGAGUUGUCGUAUGGCGACCUGUGGCGAGUAGCCGGCAACCCGUUCAUCAUCGAAGAUUUUUUUCAGCAGAGAAAUCUCGGCGGGGAUGAUGCGGUGGAUAGACUUUACGAAGUGGACCUCGGAACGGCCGCAGAUAGUAUUGACGCUGGUGAAGACCAGGUUCUCGUCGGAGCAGAAAACCAAAGCCAAGAGUUGUCCACAACUUCUUCACUAGACCCCACGACUUCCUCCUCCACUUCUAUCCUUGAAGCGACGCGCAUUCUCGCCCCUUCUCUGCCCUUCGCCGGGCCUGAUUCCGGUCCGAGCGCGGGCGAAAUCGAAGUUGUUGAUGGCGUGCCAAUUGCCAUCACCCCCUUCGCGGAAAAUGAGUAUUGGGCCUUGGAUGCCUCGCAGUACUUUCUCGGCACCGGGCAAGUGUUGUUGAACUGGUUCAAAGCGCAGAACGACAGAUUUCAACCGGUAGGAGUUCCCGUGGAAGAGGUAAACGAGGAGAUUCUCAUCAUACCGAGGGGGGAGCCGGGGAUAGUUAGCAGCUCUUCUAGUACUCCGAAUCGCCUCCGACAAUUGAAAGACGAUGAACAAGCAGACCCCGAGCGGACGCGAAGUCAUAUUGAGCUGGUGCAAGGAGGUGGAGCAAACACAUUAGGAACCGCCAGUACUUCAGCAGGAACACCUCCCCUCGCUGCAGCUGCACCGGAACCAGCUGCAGAAGAUGAAGACCCGGACCUUUUUGGAUUCGAUCAGGAUGCAGCUCUGCGAGUUCUGUCCAACCUCGCUGGUAACGAUACGAACGACACCGAUGCAGUCGUUGGCACCAACUCGACCAACGCGAGCAAUGCGACGGAGCAGGAGGAGGCUGGGGUAGUAGAAGAUGACGUAAACCGCACAAACGCCAGCAACGCAACCGCACAAACGGCGCAGCUGUACUACGUCUGCAUGAACGCGACGGUCGGGCACGUGUGCCAAAACCUGACGGGUUGUUUUAUCGCGACGACGUCGACAACAACGACGACAAAUCCGCCGUAUGAAGUGGUUUUCCCCACGCCGCCACCCACGUCAACCACGACAACGACAAGUACUUCUGAUGAAAUUGCUUUGCUUUUGUUGAUAUUUUUUCAUGAGCGCUAAACUUUGUACUUGCAGACAUCUUCGUAGUCGUACUUCUACUUUCAUGAUGUUGCAUCAUCCAUAUACAUACAACUCUCAUUCGCAGUAGUUUAGCCUCUGAAGUAGAAGUGGAGCCGAAUCUCACAAGUAGAUAGUGUCCAUGUUCUUCAUUAUGCGUUCGAAUGUCCAGCAUUUUUGAUGUUUUGAUAACUUCUCCCUCUUCAGCCACCAUCCCGACCACUUCUACAACCACGACGACGUCUACCACGACCGUGAUUUACCUGCAGCCGACAAGCACGACCACGACGACCACCAGCACAACCACGUCUACCACCACGAUUCCGACAACGUCGACCACCAGCACCACGUCGACCACGGUCACGACGACCACCACCACCCCCCGCUCGGAGAUCCAGCUGCAGGCGACCUACGAGGCAGAGGAAGUGUUUCCGGAUAA